UCUAUAUACGAUGUCAGCAAAAACAAGGCCAUGGUGGCAAAGUAAAUAUAAUAUAGCAAGUAAAACACUGGAAUGGUAGAUUUGCAGUGGAAGAAUGUGCAACGUAGAAAUAAAAAGAAUGGGUUGAGUUUCGGCUCGACUACAGAGGCGUGUCCUGUGGAACUGUCAAACUCAGUGACGCUCUGUUAGCCGUGAUCGGUCCCAGGAACUUUCGUCCGACAGGAGUUGAACUGCGUUCAGACUCUUCCUGAUGCUGCUAGAAAAUUCUCGAAAUUUCUGCGCGGAUAUAAACUAGAAUGGGUCCCAAGCGGAGCUGACAGAACUGUAGCGUUCUUCAACAGUAAGUGUACAGUUCAGGUUAGGCUUUAAUACGUUUAAGUACCAUUCCAUAGAUAUACUACCUGCAACCGGACCAGCGCAUUUAAAGAGAACUACCCGUCUACAUUGUGCGAAUUUGAUUGGCAGUCAGCACAGGCUCAAGCAAGGGAAGUUUAAACUAUUUCUCGCAGCUAUUCGGAAUUAACACACCGACAGCUACAUGGUCAAAAUGGGUAAAGACUACUAUAAUGUUCUGGGCAUACAGAAAGGGGCGACGGAGGACGAGAUCAAGAAGGCUUAUCGCAAGCAGGCUCUGCGUUACCACCCGGAUAAAAACAAGUCUCCCAAAGCCGAGGACAAGUUUAAAGAAAUAGCUGAAGCUUAUGACGUUCUGAGCGACCCAAAGAAAAAGGACGUUUACGACCGAUUCGGGGAAGAAGGGUUGAAAGGAGGAGGCCCCCCAGGAGGAGGGGGUGUUCUGGGCCCUAGUUUCAGCUACUCCUUCCAAGGCGACCCCCACGCCAUCUUCGCCGAGUUCUUCGGGGGCCGGAGCCCCUUCGACCAGUUCUUCACCCGAAACGGUGGGGGCCCAGAUGGGGACAACAUGGACACUGACGAUCCCUUCGCCCGUUUUGGGAUGGGGGGUGGUGGCAUAGGGGGGUUCCCCCGUUCCUUCAGCACAGGGAUGGGGGGAGGGGGGAUGGGGGGGCAGAUGGUUGAGAAGCACCAGGACCCACCCGUGCUCCACGAACUCAGGGUGACCUUAGAGGAGGUGCUCUCAGGCUGCACUAAGAGAAUGAAGAUAUCCCACAAGCGGCUGAACGCAGACAGACGGACCCUCCGGAUGGAGGACAAGAUCCUGGAGGUGGAGAUAAAGAAGGGAUGGAAGGAGGGGACGAAGGUCACCUUCCCUAAAGAGGGGGACGAGACGCCGACUAACAUCCCGGCAGACGUGGUGUUCGUGGUCAAGGAUAAGCCACACCCGGUGUUCCGGCGAGACGGCUCUGACAUCGUUUACCCCGCCAAGGUCUCCCUCAGAGAGGCGCUGUGCGGCUGCACGGUCAUCGCCCCCACGUUGGACGGCAGGACAGUAACCGUGACAACAGGGGACGUGGUGCGUCCGGGGAUGAAACGACGCAUCACAGGGGAGGGGCUUCCUCUGCCCAAGCGGCCCGAUCGCCGCGGUGACCUGCUGGUGGAGUACGAGGUGGCGUUUCCGGAGAGACUGAGUCAGAGUGCCAAGGAGACCAUCGCACAGGUGCUUCCACCCUUGUCCUGAUGGCUAUAAACUAUGAACGUCUUCAGGACAAAACUGACGGAGCAGACGAACAGUGAAAGGCAUCAUGUGGCUGUCCUCCCUAUCGACCAAAGAACGUUUAUCACCGCCAUUUUCUGUUCCUUUCCAGACGAUUCUGUGUUGAAUCGCCAUCGUUCGUCGACACCCAUCAGGUGACCUACUGCGCACGGCCAACGCUCGUUACGGUGUCUCUUGACCUUUAGUUGAGGAAACUGUCACUCUGGACCUCGUGAGUCCACUUCAGAACCACUAGUGAACUGAGGAAACUGUCACUCUGGACCUCGUGAGUCCACUUCAGAACCACUAGUGAACUGAGGAAACUGUCACUCUGGGCCUCGUGAGUCCACUUCAGAACCACUAGUGAACUGAGGAAACUGUCACUCUGGGCCUCGUGAGUCCACUUCAGAACCACUAGUGAACUGAGGAAACUGUCACUCUGGGCCUCGUGAGUCCACUUCAGAACCACUAGUGAACUGAGGAAACUGUCACUCUGGGCCUCGUGAGUCCACUUCAGAACCACUAGUGAACUGAGGAAACUGUCACUCUGGACCUCGUGAGUCCACUUCAGAACCACUAGUGAACUGAGGAAACUGUCACUCUGGACCUCUGCUGCCAUGUAUCUAUA